AUGGCAUCCCCCUCGGACUCUUAUGUGGAUCCCAGGGAUGAUACAGACUCGGAUGAGGAGCGUCCGGGGUCCGCAGAAGAAACAGAAAUGGUAUCAGUCUCAGAUGAAUUCCCGGAUAGGCGAGUGACCAUCGGGAUAGGGCAGGCACUCAGGGUGCGAGCGGCCUUGAUUAGCUUUUUGAAGAAAAAUAGUGGGGCAUUCGCUUGGACAUAUAAGGACAUGCCCGGGAUAUCUAGUGGGAAGUUCUUGGGGCAUAUAAUUAGCAGGAGGGGGAUUGAAGCCAACCCGGAAAAGAUCCAAGCCAUAUUGGACAUGGAAAGGCCCAAGGAGAGGAAUAAAGUGAGUUCAUUGGCCGGGAAGAUUGUCGCCCUUGCCAGAUUCGUUUCACGACUCACGGAUAAGUGUGCCCCUUUCUUUCGGCUGCUGAAAGACCAGCAGUGUAAGGAGAUAUCAGCAGUUAGCUCGGUCUUGAUAAGAAAAGAGUCUGAUAUCGAGCACGCUGUAUUUUACGCUGGGAAGGGAUUCACACCAGCCGAGAGCAGGUACCUGGACGUGGAGAAAUUAGCCUUGGCACUUAUUAUAACCGCCAGAAGGCUCAGACAUUAUUUCCAAGCACACUCGAUAACCCUUUAUACUAACCACCCCUUGAGGCAGAUUAUGCAAAAGCCAAAAAUCAGCGGGAGGCUGGUGAAAUGGGGGGAAUUUGAUAUCCAUUAUCAGCCGAGAGUGGCAAUCAAGGGCCAAACAGCGGCUGACUUUAUUUCUGAGCUCACGCCCAUGAAAGUUAUGGGAAAGUCCUCUAAGCUCACGCCCACGAAAGUUGUGGGAGUAUCCUCCGAGACCGGCCAGGAGGAAAGUGGUCCCGGAGCAGAUAAGGAGAUGCAUAACGAGGAACCGCCGGCCCAACUCUGGAGGCUUUUUGUUGACGGCUCGGUGACGAGAAAUAAAAGCGGGGCGGGAAUAAUAUUAGAGACUCCCGAUGGAUUUAAACAUGAGUACGCCCUGGAAUUCCAGUUCAAGGCAUCAAACAAUGCGACUGAGUACGAAGCUCUAAUCGGGGGAUUGCAACUCGCCCGAGACGUCGGCGUGGAAAGAGUUGAAGUGUUUAGUGAUUCAUAG